AUGAUGAUGCCACGAUGCGGAGUACCGGAUAUCGUUAACGGUAGAACUAGAAUGAAUUCUGCAGGUAAAUACAACCUUGAUUAUGCGUUCUAUGAUGGACAACCGAAGUGGCCAUUAUCUAAGAAAGUACUCAACUGGGGUCUUCUAGCCGGUACGCGCAGGGACAUAAUCGAUCCUGUUUCAAAUUAUGCUUUAUUGUCAUGGACUGGUGUAACACCUUUUAAGUUUAAUUUCGUUGAUGAGAAUGUUAGGGGUGGUGACAUUGCAAUUGGGUUUGUGAAUAAGAGUUCAGUUUUGUCUGAAGGUGCACUAGGGUUUGCAUUCCCACCAACAUUCGGGACUGUUUACUUUAAUGGUAAUGUGAAUUGGUCAGAUGGUACUGCAGCCCCAGGAACUUACGAUAUGGGGACAGCUGCAUUGCAUGAGCUAGGGCAUGCUUUAGGGCUCCAGCAUUCUUCGGUGGAGGCUGCUAUCAUGUGGCCAACUCUUGGCAGUGGUGUAAUCAAGGGUUUGCAUGAUGAUGAUUACCAAGGAAUGAAAGCUUUAUAUGGUACUUGA